AUGUCUGUAUCUGAGGAAGUGCAGGACGAUGGGUUGCUGUCGCCGUCGUCUGCAUCUGGCCCGCAGCCUCAAUGGCCGCGGCCACGGUCACCCAUCCCGCCUCACAGGCUUGCCAAGCUCGCGAAUGCACUGGGCAUUGCGACCCCAGUGCCCAUGGGCCACUCGUCUUCAGACCCUUCAUCUAUGAAUUCUUCGAGAUCCGACUUUACUCGCUCACCCACGCCUUCCACUUCUGCGGCUUCUCGCUUCACGACGCAUUCAUCCCAGUCUACCGCUUCCAACUUCCAGUCAAAGUACCUUCUGCAUGUUAUACCCCCGCAUCAUUUACCACACGACACGGCCAACCAGGACGUCUUGCUCACACCGCCACCUUCGUCUGCGUCAGGAUACCACAAACACUUCAGACGCGGGACCCUUGUACCCUUCCUUCCCUCCUUCCAGGCCCAACUCGGUGCGAUUGCGAAGGAAUACGCAUUACCGAAUACGACAGGCAUGAUAUUAUAUCUCGUUGCCGGUACCGCUAGCCCCGCUCCGAGCCCUACACCGGAUGGUCCGGAGCCAGAGGAACCCGGGCCGCGGUUGACGGAGGAUGUCUGGAAACAUCUGUGGACGCGCGUAGUUAAGACCGAGCUGGACGGGGCAGGAUUCUCCCCGCGGUCGGGUACACCUAUAGGCCUUGGUCUCAAUCCGCCGUCCUCCGCCUCGACGGCUACACUUACGUCGCUCCGCCCCCUCGUCACCGCAACCAACAAGCCAUCAGCCCCGUCAUUGAGCCUGUCGACACCAUCUUCCACGACGCGUACGAAUGCCGCUUCCGAGAGCGAUCCAGAGGCGUCGACGCCUGAUACCUCGCUCCCGUCAGGGUCAUCCAGAGCGGACUCCAUGGAUCUUCCUGGCCUCUCGUCACCCUCUCUUAUCCCUAUACUUGCGAAGGUCGAGUUUGACAUAGACAAGCGCAAGGCGACCUGGUACGCGCCAUGGUUGCGCUCACGAAAGCAGAAUCUCAAGAAGCGCUCACCUGCUGAGGAUGGCGAUGGACGCAUUGGAUUAAGGCUUGUCGAUCGUCGCGCUGUACCGCGCUUCCUCGUCUCCAAAGAGGGGGAUGUGAACGAUGGAGAUUAUGACCCGGAGUAUGCACCACGUUCAGAAUCUCCAGAUGAAGACGAGGACUACACUGUUCGUGUGAACGGCGAGGAUGAUGAGGGCGGACGCAGACGCAGAGGACCACCGCCACCACUCACGAUGCCAUCACGCAGCAAUCCGGAGGCACUCAUCGCGUCGGGCGAACCUUCACCCCUACCAAGCGGGAACAGCGCCGAUUCUCGCGGCCGCGUCAAACUCCCUUACCGUGAGAGCGAUGAAGAGGAUGACGGAAGCGAAGAGAGUAGGGAAAGGAGACGACGCCGCAAGAUGAAUGGCGGGGACAGGCGUACCGGCGUGUACUUCGAUGAGCUCGAUUUAGGCCUUGAGUUUGAUGACUCAGUCGAGUACGACGAGAAUGACCCAUACGAUAAGCGCCGUAGCCAGUUCCUCAUGAAGGCACGCCUAGACGAGCUUGAAAAGAAUCUUGCAUCUCUCUCGCCUCGCAGACUCCAGCAUGAAGAUGAGCCGUCGUUCGACCCCUCAUCACCAUCCUCGCUGACACGGUCUCGCGCACUAUCACCCCAGACUGCGUCUCAUGGACGAUACCUCUCAGCCUCGAGCGUCGGUAGCAUAAGCCAGUCAAAUUCUGAUUCCCCACCGAAAUGGCCCGCGGUUCCAUACUCGGCACUAUCGUCGCGCGAUAACGAUGAUUCAUUGGAACUCGACCCGUCAGUCGACGCAGACGACUUCCCAGCGCCGCCAAAGUUCGCGAUCAAUGGUAUCUCGACAGCUGUCCCUUCAAGCCCGUACAAGGCAUCGUUUGGCGGCGGCGGCGGUCCUGCGCCAGAAAGCGCAGAGAGCGCGGCGCGGCGACGCGCUCAUGAUGAAGGUCACGAUCCCCGGUACCCAGACAUCAUGCCUGCCUCCCUGCGGCGCUCAGACGGCUCACUGAACUCACCCAUCAUUCCCUUAUCGCCCGAUCCCUUUGGUCGCUUCCCAUCCGAGCCCACCCCGCCAAUGCCUGGACGGACGAGCGAAAGUAGCGUACGAAGCAGCACAUCCGAUGGCGCGACGCUUGUGCACGUCCGCACGGACUCCAUCGGAUCGCUUGACGGCCCUCGCAAGCUCAGCAGUCGGUUCAGCUUGGAUUCGGAAGACCAGUUCUCUCCUGUGGCUAAAGUCACCCCCACUCUCGCGGCGCCGAAUCAGCAGGGUGCGAGCCUCAACCCGGUCAAAUCAAUAAGGACUCUCUGGCGCAAGAGUCGGAAGACAUCCGUCUCGCAUGAGUCGGCCCCCCGCGUUGCAAACCCGGCGCCACCGAUGCCCACCGCAAUGCCGCGCGUCAGUGAGGAGGUCGUGACGAACGCGAUGUUGCCACCAAAUCACCCGUCCUUACGUGCACCCACUGGUUCGUCCAAUGCGCCAUUUAUGACGACUGCCGAAGCGGCUCGACGUGCGAAGGAGAGCAGUAUCAGUGCGGUCACCUUCGAUCAGGAGAGCCCGUACCCCAUCCGGCGCGCCGGUUCUCCUCGCUCGGCCGCACCUUCGCCGACGCCACCGCCCCCACAGGCCACGACGUCUCGACCGCCGAGCACUGAGCCUCCCGCACGCAAAAGCAUCUUGAAGGGUUGGGGUGCUGGCAAUGGCCGUCCAAGUCUCGAAGAGAACAAUGCCUCGAAUGGAGUCGCUUCCACGAACGCAAACGGCAAGGAGCGUAAACGGCGACCCAGCAUGAUUGACCUUGUCCGUGGCUCGCGAGCGAGCACGGCUACAGAGGCGUUGCCGCCCAGCCCGAUGUUGCCGGAACAGUAUCGCUCGAGCGAGAGCAGCUCGCGUGCUAGUCCACCGCCUAUCACAACACCCACGGCUGCGGUUGAUGAACCCUUCGAGAUCGUGGAGGCCAGUCCCGGUCAGGGAGGGCAUGGCAAGACGCCGAGCUUGUCUUACCCAUAUCAUGAACUCGACCACCAGACCUAA